GAAACAUAUAUGCCUUGUACAUAUCAAUUACUUAUUUAAUUUUUAUCAUUUAAAAUGGUAUUUUUACUUGGAUUUCCCUCUGGAAGUGAUACAGUAUAGAAUAAGAACUACAUUUCCCAUGGUGCUCUGAGGCGCUUUCAGAUGACGUCACUUGCCUCUUUUGCGGCAGUCAUGGCGAGCGGCAAAAGGAGCGCUCUGCUCUCCUCUUUAGCGGACUAUGGAGACGAUUCAGAGCCCGACUCGGACCCCGAACCAGAAGAAUCCGGAAGUCGUGGAGGGGGCCUCGUUUAUGGCUACGGUGAUGAUGACCUGAACCGAACAGAGGACAUUGAGGACAAAGGAACGGAAGAUGAAGACAGCAGAGAAAGCAACUCGGAGAUGGACGAAUCUGACGAGGCGAGGGACGCAGAUGAUGUUGAGAUCCCAGAGGCAGAGAGAAGAGACCCCAAUGAACUUGUUGCCCUGUUCUCGGAGAAGGUGAGGAACAUGUCGCCCGACGAGAUCCGGAUCCCCCCCGAGCCGCCCGGACGCUGCUCCAGCCAGCUGCAGGAGAAGAUCCAGAAGCUGUACGAGAGGAAGCUCCAUGGAGCUUUCGACACAAACAGCCACAUCCAGCAGAAGAAGGAGUUCAGAAACCCCAGCAUUUAUGAGAAGCUCAUUCAGUACUGCAGCAUCGACGAACUGGGAACCAACUACCCCAAAGACAUGUUCGAUCCCCACGGCUGGUCGGAGGACUCGUACUACGAGGCUCUGGCGAAGGCACAGAAAGUGGAAAUGGACAAACUGGAGAAGGCCAAGAAGGAGCGAACCAAGAUCGAGUUCGUGACCGGGACCAAGAAGGGCACCAACCCCUCCAGCACGGCCGCCUCCACCACCAGCAGCACCACCACCACCACAGCCACAGACGCGCAGAAGAGGAAGAGUAAGUGGGACUCGGCCAUCCCGGUGACGCUGGCCCAGCCCACCCUCAUCACCACCACGGCCACGCUGCCCUCCGUGGUCUCCGUGACGACGACGGCCAGCGGCACCAAGACCACGGUGAUCUCGGCGGUGGGAACCAUCCUGAAGAAAGCCAAGCAGUGACGGAGAGGACGGACGGACGGACGCACGGACAGUUCUAGAAACCGUCCCCCAAAAAUGCUCUCGGCCGCACUCCGGCUCGCACAAAAGACUGAAGCGCCUCGGCCGCUGGGAUUGAAUCUGCAGGAAAAACCAGUCUGAGAGUUUGUAACAGAGCCGGGAGAAACGGAUUAUUUUUCUACGGAGAGUUCCGGUCCAGUAUUUUCCAGCUUCGGGUAUCUGUGACGUGUUUUAUCUCCACAUGUUCGUACUUUUUCCAGCCUUGUUCUGUCUUCUGUGGCAUUGUGAACAACUCCAAGGUGGUUUUUUUUUCUUCUUUUUUUUUUUUUACCUGUGUACAUAUGUGUCGAUACAGUGAAUAAAUGAAUUGGAUGUUGCC